UUUCCACUAUCAUUUGCUCCUUGGAGUUUAUAUUCUCAACGUCUUUUGGAAAUUUAUUUUUUUGAUAUUUCUUAUCAUACACAGUUGUUCAAUCUUUAAAAAAUAUGAUAAAGAGCACUGUCUAGUACAUAGACUUCUUCCGUUAGCUUGCGAGUUGUUAUUACCAGAUAAAAACUAAAUGAAUACCAGUAUGUUUUACCUAUAAUGUAGUUGAAUUGGAUAAACUAUUUUUUAUGGCUCAAACAUCACUUCACUUUCAAACACAAAAGUGCAUUUACAGAUGAAUGCAAACAACUUCUAGAUCUAAUGAAUGAAAAUUCUUAAAAUUCCGAAAAUCACGCCACAAAAAUUAACGAUGUCAAAACUUGAGCGGAGAAUCUUCAAUCAUGAAAAAAUAUAUUACUGAUGAAAAAUGGUGUCUUUGCUUUUAAUAAUAGAAGAUCGUUAAAACUGUUUUAGUAAAAAAGUGUCAAGGGAAAUGUUGUGGCCAGGAAUCUCUUAUCAUAAUAACAAAUCAAAAGCCUAAACGAACAAAUUUGAUUUGUUAAUGGCAGUGAAUUACGGUCGUGGAUAACAGCUGCUGGCCAAACUCGCCCUAUUGAAAUGGUGUAUAUUUAAAGCUGUAUAGCACAAAGUUAGCGAUAUAUUGUCUCAAUGCAGGCCGACUGAAAGCUCCGUGAAUCGUAGGCAGUACUGAUCAAAUCCAGUCAAUUAAUCUUAAUUGCUGUAAAUCUUUUUCAAGAUUUAACGCAUUUGCUGUACGUAUUACCCGAAGAUAGAGAAGUUACGAUCAUCUAUAAUAUACGUGAUAGGUUUUACACAAUUUGGGAAAAACAAAAAUGGAAAGUCGACUGUCAUUAGGCUUCUAUCAGCAUUUUUUUACCCUGGCAGAUGUAGACAAUUCCCUUUACGGAUAUGUGAAGUCUGAAAUGAAGGAAAGUCGUCUGUCAUACGCCAUGUCUGGUAAUUGGCAGAAAUCAGCUAAAAAAGAACCGGCUAUAGAUGUGUCAAUGUAUAUGGAAAGUGGAAAAUUGGCGAAUAGAGUUCCAAGAGAGGCUAAACCACAAACAUCCAUCGGUAACACGAAACAAUGUAUUGACGACGAACUAUGUUUACCUGACGGUAUAAAGGUGGUUGAAACCAGUCUUGUUAAUGUAUCUCACUUUGGAGUUUUUUGUUGUGCCAAAACGAUAAAGAAAGGGACGCGAUACGGACCUUUUACUGGUCGAAACAUAACACCUGCUGAUAUCUUUUCACUUAAUGACACAUCGUGUUGUUGGGAGGUAUUUCACGAAGGCGAGGUGUCUUAUUUCAUUGAUGGAAAAUAUGAGUUAAAGAACUGGUUGAAAUUCGUAAACUGUGCAAGAUCCGAACGUGAACAAAAUCUGAUAGUUGUACAAGAUGGCUUUCGUGUUUUCUUUGAAGUAACCUGUGAUAUUUUUGAAGGAACAGAGCUGCUGGUAUGGUAUGGCGAUUCUUACUUGAAGUACAUGGGAUUACCAAUUACAAUGAAGGAAAAGAUAUCUCCACAACUUUUGUCAAACCUCGAUAAAACAGCUAUGCCUGUGAUCGUUGUGGAAAAGUCUUUGCUUACGAAUACUAUCGAGACAAACACCUGAAAUACACGCGAUGUGUGGACCAAGGCGAUAGAAAAUAUCCUUGCAAUCUUUGUAAUCGUUCAUUCGAAAAGCGAGAUAGAUUGAGAAUUCACAUUCUGCAUGUUCACGAAAAGCA